AUGGAUCCUCUUUCGGGCGCGGCAAGUGUUAUCGCAGUUGUCCAAUUAACCGGGACCAUCGUCCAAAUUUGUGGAAAAUACCUCAGCAGCGUCAAGAAUGCGAAGCAGGAUAUUCAGCGUUUUCAAGAGAAGACCAUUGCCCUUGCCCAAGUUCUCCAGUCUCUCAACGGGCUUCUUUGCGGAUCCAGUGGCACAAAACUUACUGCCACCCAAGAUCUGAUUGACAAUAUUACUACGUGCUCUUCAACCCUUACAAAAUUGAAGGAGAGAAUCGACCCGGAAACGACGCAAAGACGAAUGAGAAAAUGGGGACUUAGAGCCUUCAAAUGGCCGCUGAAACGGUCGGAGGUAGACGGUUUCAUUGGUGAGAUUGAGUGGUACAAAACAACGUUUAGUUUGUCCUUGCAGGUUGAUCAAACGAGAACCAUCAAUCUGAUCGGCCAAAAGAUAGACCUUGGCAGACUACAGACUGCAAAAGGUGCAGCAUUUGACUCCUACGACAAUCAACAUGGUGAAUGCCUCCCGGGAACCAGAAUUGAUGUGCUUCGAGAAAUCGAAGAGUGGACAAAAACGCCGCAUGGAAAAUGCAUAUUCUGGUUGAACGGCAUGGCAGGGACAGGGAAAUCAACAAUCUCCCGAACAGUUGCAACCCGUCUUAAAGAGCAGCAGCUUCUCGGGGCGAGCUUCUUCUUCAAGAGAGGUGAAGAGGACCGGGGAACAGCAAAGAAGCUUUUCCCGACAUUGAUCGAGCAACUGGUCGUCGGCAUACCUCGAAUGCAGCCUGAAGUUCAAAAGGCGAUUGACGACGACCCUAAUAUUUCAGAAAAGGUGUUGAGAGAACAAUUUGAAAAGCUUCUGUUAGACCCACUGCUUGAACUUAAGCAGUGCGAAGACACCACAACCAGAGUGAUCGUGAUAGAUGCUCUAGAUGAAUGCGAUUCGGAAGACGAUAUAGGGGUUAUUCUCCGGCUCUUGCCCCAAGUUCAAAAGCUCACAUCCGUGCAACUCCGGUUUUUGUUGACGAGCAGACCUGAGUUGCCGAUAAGGCUGGGCUUCGAGGAGAUCACCGGUGCCUAUCGGGAUCUCGUCCUCCACGAGAUCAAUAAAUCGGCGAUAGAACACGACAUAUCCUUGUAUUUCGAGGAUGAGUUACUCCACCUAAAACAGAGGCACUCAUUUCCACCAGACUGGCCCGGAGACGCAGCUACUAGGGAAUUAGUUAACAGAGCAGUUCCUUUAUUCAUUGCAGCUGCUACCUUAUGUCGUUUCAUCAGUGAUGUAAACUGGAACCCUCAAAAGCGACUUGAAGCGAUAUUGACAGACCGGUCAACCUACGUGUCCAAGAUGGACAGCACAUAUAUUCCCGUGCUAAAGCAACUUCUCAUUGGCCAGAAUGAAAGGGAGUCGCAGCAAUUACUCGAAGAGUUCAAGGAGAUAGUCGGGGCUAUCAUCGUGCUUGCCACUCCGCUCUCGAUCAGUUCCCUCAGCAAGCUGCUGGACAGAGAACUUGACGAUCUUUACGCCUCCGGACUUAUUUUUGCUCCCAAGAACUCAACGAUCAAAAGGAAAUUUCAAAGUGAGUUGGCUCGUUGGGACCAAUUGCCUAGGGUUGAGGAGAAUUGGAGCGCCGAACAACAAAUCCUCGAGGGUCAUUCCGGAUGGGUUCAGUCCGUGGCCUUCUCACCCGACGGUCAACUACUGGCCUCUGGCUCCUUUGAUAAGACCAUCCGGCUCUGGGAUCCUAGCACGGGCGAGCUACGUCAGACCCUUGAGGGCCAUUCCGGUUUGGUUUGUUCCGUGUCCUUCUCACCCGACGGUCUGCACCUUGCCUCUGGCUCUAGUGACAAGACCGUCCGGCUCUGGGAUGUCAAUACGGGCGAGCUACUUCAGACCCUCAAGGGCCAUUCCGAUUAUGUUCAGUCUGUGUCCUUCUCACCCGACGGUCAGCUACUAGCCUCUAGCUCUAGUGACAAGACCAUCCGGCUCUGGGAUGCGAGCACGGGUGAGCCACGUCAGACCCUCAAGGGCCAUUCCGAUUAUGUUCAGUCUGUGUCCUUCUCACCCGACGGUCAGCUACUAGCCUCUAGCUCGAGUGACAAGACCAUUCGGCUCUGGGAUGCGAGCACGGGUGAGUUCCGGCAGACCCUCGAGGGCCAUUCCGGUUCGGUUCAGUCCGUGGCCUUCUCACCCGAUAAUCGGCUACUGGCCUCUGCCUCCUUUGACAAGACUAUCCGGCUUUGGGAUGCCAGAACGGGCGAGUUAUGGCUUACUCUCAAUGGUCAUUCUAAUUCGGUUUGGUCUGUGGCCUUCUCACCCGACGGUCGGUUAUUGGCUUCUAGUUCUAAUGACCAGACCGUCAGGCUCUGGGAUACUAUCACGGGUGAGCUACGCCAGACCCUUGAGGGCCAUUCUGAUUUCGUUCAGUCCGUGGCCUUCGCGCCCGAUGAUCAGCUACUAGCCUCUACCUCUAGUGACAAGACUAUCCGACUCUGGGAUACUAUCACGGGCGAGCUAUCUCAGACGCUUGAGGGUCAUUCUGAUUCAGUUCAGUCCGUAGCCUUCUCACCCGAUAAUCGGCUACUGGCCUCUGCCUCCUUUGACAAGACUAUCCGGCUUUGGGAUGCCAGAACGGGCGAGUUAUGGCUUACUCUCAAUGGUCAUUCUAAUUCGGUUUGGUCCGUGGCCUUCUCGCCCAAUGGUCAGCUACUGGCCUUUGGCUCCUAUGACAAUACCGUCCAGCUCUGGGAUACCAGCACGGGCGAAGUACGCCAGACAUUUAAAGGCCAUUCCGGUUUGGUCCAGUCCGUGGCCUUCUCACCCGACGGUCAGCUGCUAGCCUCUAGCUCCUUCGAUAAGACCAUCCGGCUCUGGGGCGCUAGCAGCGAUAUACGACAGAUCCUCGAGGGCCAUUCCGGUUUGGUUUGGUCUAUCGCCUUCUCACCCAAUGGUCAGCUACUAGCCUCUGCCUCCUUUGACAAGACCGUCCGGCUUUGGGAUGCCAGAACGGGCGAGCUACGUCAAACGCUCAAGGGUCAUUCUGACUCCGUUCAGUCCGUGGCCUUCUCGCCCCACGGUCAGCUACUAGCCUCUACCUCUAGUGACAAGACUAUCCGGCUCUGGGAUACUAUCACGGGCGAGAUAUCUCAGACGCUUGAGGGUCAUUCUGAUUCGGUUCAGUCCGUGGCCUUCUCGCCCGACGGUCAGAUGAUGGCCUCUGGCUCCUUUGACAAGACUAUCCGGCUGUGGGAUGCUAGCACGGGCGAGCUACGACAAACCCUCGAGGGCCAUUCCGAUUGGGUUUGGUCUGAAGCCAAAGUUGGGUUAUCUAUUCUAGACAAGCAGUGGGUCUUCUUUCGGGGUAAGAGGGUUUUAUGGCUUCCUCCGGACUUUCGCCCAAGUUGUUUAGCAUUCAGAGCCGGCAUCCUAGCUCUCGGUCAUGUAUCUGGAGGAGUUUCCUUCAUAUCGAGUUUUGUUUAA